ACGGACAUUUCACAUUGAAAAGGCUCAGAGUCAAGCUACAGCAGACUGAUCAGGGAGAUCUACUUUUCUCAUUGAAAUGGUGUUUUGGAGCCAAAUCGUGCUGGUGUGCGCACUGAUCAUCUUUGCAUGCCCCAAAGGAUUAGAAACACUCCCUUCACAGCACCUGUGUGGCUCACACCUAGUGGAUGCUCUGUACUUUGUGUGUGGACCAAAGGGCUUCUAUUAUUUACCGAAAGCAAAGAGAGGCCAAGAAGAGUUUCUCGAGUUACGUGGUGGGGAAGAAUCAACUCAAGAAAAUGAGAUCGAGCAGCAGUUUCCAUUCCAUAAACUGCUGGGACGGAUGAUAAAGAGAGGAAUUGUGGAGCACUGCUGUCAUAGUACCUGCUCACUCUUUGAUCUGGAAGGCUACUGCAACCAGUAAAGGCCUUAAUGCCAUGAAUGUCACAGAGUCCUGAUAAUGGAGCAUGCAGCCAUUGUGAAGGAAGUGGCUCCAAUAUCACAUAAAUAAAAAGCAAAUCACCUCUAAUUGUGUCAAAGUCUCAAAGAUAUCUUUGUGGAAAUUCAA